UGGUAUACACAAUCAAUCCCAAUUUAAUAAAGGAAGCAUGAAACACGCUGAGAUACAUUAUCCCAUCUUCUUACGAAAAUAUGAGAAGUCACGAGUACCUCCAAAUUAUUAAGUAUUAAAAGUACACUUUCAUAUAGACUAACAGGAAGGCACAAUCAGAAGGGAGGAUGUUUCAAAUUCUGGUUAAAAGUACAAGGUUAAAAAUCAGACAGACCUGGGUUGCAGUCCCAGCUAGACCACAUAGUGGCUGUGUGAUCUUGCACAAUCUAUUUAUCUCUCUAUACCUGAGAGUACUCAUGUCUAAAAUGAUACCUGCCUCAUGAGGUUGUUGGGAAAAUUCAGUGAGAUAAUGUAAACUCUGAGUACAGGGCUGGAAGCACAGUAAGAGCUCAGUAUAUAUUAGUCUUCAUUAGCUAUGUCGAGCAAUUUAAUGAACUUAAGAAAAUCUAGAGUUGGAUUGUUAAAUCUUAUUUAGGAAAUUAUAACUAUAUAUACUUUGUAAAUUGUCAAUGAAUUGUUCAUGGUGAGAUGUCAGUCUGGGAAAAAGUGAAAUGAAGUCUGGAUAGGAGAGUGCAGGCUUCACGGCUAGGCCUGGCACUGUCACUGUAACCAGCUGUGUGACCUUUGGCAAAUUGCACCAUCUCUGGAUGUUCGUUUUCUCAUCUAUAAAUGAAGCAGAGCAGACUAGAAGAUUUGUAGAGCCUCUCCAGGGAGAACCUUCUAUGAGUUUCCUCUUUGCUGACUCCAGACUGUCAAUGGAGGAGCACUGUUGAACUUUGAAAUAUUGGCUAUUCAUAUUCAGGUUUUUACUUGUUACAUUCAAAACUUUGCAUUAGAGUCUCUAAGCAUUUUAUAAUUAAGUAGUAGACAUGAAAUUUGAACUAGUGUAUUACAGUUUUUGAAUUUUAAAUGGUACAAAAUACUCCCAUUUACUUUAGACUUGGAUACCACAACAGGCUAAAAGGUUUAAAGUAAAUGGUUUCUCCAAAAGCAAACCAGAGUCCCAAUGCCAUGGCUUGCUGUGCUUCCCGUUACUGCCGCAGUGUCCACACCGGCCCUGCCACCACCACCUGCUCAUCUGAAAAAUGCUGCCGAUGUGGAGUCUGCCUGCCCAGCAUCUGCCCACACACGGUUUAGUUACCGGAGCCAACCUGCUAUGACAGCUGUCCCCCACCGUGCCGCAUUCCUCGGCCCUGUGUGCCCGCCUGCUUCGUGCUCAACUCAUCCCAGCCUACCCUAGGCCUGGAGACCCUCAGCCUCACAACCUUCACUCAGCCCUGCUGUGAGCUCUGCAUCCCCAGCUGCCGCUGACCGAUGACUGCCUCGCUCAGUGCCUGGAGAUAACACUGAAGCUAUCUAUUCAGCAUUCACUUGCCUCAGUAGUUUAUCAGACAUUGAGGCAGACCAGAUGGCCUAGAUAUGCACAACCUACCUUUCAUCUUAAUGGAAAGAAAAUCAAGAAAUUUUAAUGGUUAUUUGGCUAACCAUUUGGUUCAUUUGGGCAGGUGAAUGUCAUCUAUUAUCAAAAGUAUUGAUAUCUAUAAGACCUCAGACUGUUUGUUUGUUUGUCUGUUUUUUCUGUCUGCACAGCUUGUGGGAUUUUAGUUUCCCGACCAGGGAUAGAACGCAGGCCCUCAGCAGUGAGAGGGUAAAGUCAUAACCACUGGACCUUCAGGGAAUUCCCCAGACCGUAUUUUGUUGGUCAUGUUGCUUCCUAGAUCCCAUUCCUUAUAUUGAGUAUUUUCAUAGAGGAAAAAUAAUUUCUUGAUGGGUUUUCCAAUAAACUUUAUUUCUGUGGCAAUAAAUAAAGUAAAUGGUUACUGUUUGAA